AUGGUGCUGAGACUCUUUGUGCCGCCCGGUGAAGGGCAACAUCGACUUGUUCCGGAACGUCCAGAUCCCAUCGGUGCGAAUACGACGCUCCAGUAUUCUGUCAUUUCUUCGACCGUCCUUGCCGCCGCGUAUACGUCCUUCGCUUCGAGAUACAGUCAGAGAGUGACUCCUGCACGGCCGCUGUCCAGAGCCGCCGUGUUUAUACGGAGUUCGGCAAGACUGGGGGUUUGGGCCGGUGUCGCAGGAGCGGCGCUCAACUGGUAUUACUACUCGGCUUUUGCCAAGGUGGUAGUGUCGCAGAAGGUGCUAGAAGUCAAGGACUGGAAGCUCUAUGAGUGGACAAAGAGAUACACCGUUGAGGAUGGGGCUUUGGCAGGCGCCGCAUUGGGGCUGGCUAUCUCGGUGCCUUCGCUGUUUAUGCGCCGGCCUGCUAUACCAAGGUGGACGCGAUGUUUGGGCAUGAUGAACACCGGCGCUUGUGCAGGUGUGCUGGGAGCGCAUGCAUACUUCCAAUACACUGGAGAGAGACAGGAGGCUUAUAGACACCUUGGUCGGCAGCUGAAGCGAAGAUCACUCGAAUUCUGGUCCAUCUUCUGGGACGCGGAGCUGAUGGCUGGUCUUGAUCCCAUCAUGCAGCAGUACGUUCGACACAACGGCUUUUGGUACACAAGGUGGCUACCACAAGAAGUCUUUGAGCGAGAAGAACCCGGCGUGGAACUUGUCGCCAGCAGCAAAGAGUUCGCGGUAAUCACCGAAGCGCCCGUGGAAGAGCAGCCGCCUUUCUACAGCGCACCCAUCGAGUAUGCCGAAGACCUGCGGCGGAUCGACGUAGAAAGUACCCUGGGUAGAAUCGAAGCCAUGGAAGCGGACAGAAAAGAACUACUCAAGGAGGCUGAAUACCUACUGUUUGUCAACGCACAGCAGCAGUACGAAUACUGUCACAUGGCCACCAUGGACGAAGAUGAACGACACCGACGCCUCCAAGAGAUUCACCUCAUAGACGUGGCAUACAACCGCCUUCGCGCUGCCGCCAACGACAUCGAUAUCAAGCUUAUUCACUGGCGCUUAUCUCUCAAGCAUAAGGCCCUCUGGGAAGCUGCCACACCCGCCACGACGGCUGCGACGACGAGUGGAACAGAUACCGUUGCCGACUGGCUACCAAUACCUCAAGCCCUCACUUCCUUCGCGACGCAUAAACCGACGUAUUCCAUGGGCGAGAUCGAAAAAGUACAAUGGCAGAUUGCGGCUGAGGUGAAGAGAUUCGAGGAAGGGUAUAUGGAUGAAAGGUUUCCUGAGGAGAAGAGGGAAAGGUGGAGGAGGGAUGCUGAGGAUGGGAGGUGCAUAUUGAGAGCCGCGGAUCAUGUGCUGUGGAGGAUGAUGAAGGCGAGGGAGGCGGCUGAAGAUGGUGAUAAGACGGUAGUGGGCGUGUGUGGGAAGGAAGGGGAAGAGGCUGGAUCUGCGGGUAUGAGUGGGGGUGAUGUCGUCCUAGCAGGUGACUCCUCAGUAGUGACUGAAGCUGCUGGGUUGAAUACAUCGACUACAACUUCGAGGAAAGAGAUUGAGAAGACGAGAGUGAGUGGAGAGGAGGCGACGAAAUCGCGCACUAGUACUCUGGAUGCCGAUAAGUCGUGA